ACUUAUCAUGAAUUAUCUUCAAACAAUUUCUAUAUUAUUUGCGAUUAUAACUUAGUCACGCUUCACUUUCUUGUUUUGUCUUUCAAGUCGACUUGCAAGUAAUCGAAGCAAGUCUGUUUAAUUUCAUUGUUAGGAAAGGGAGGGAAGAGGUAUGCUUUGGCCUAUUUAAACCAUCCAACUUGAGACUAUGGAGUAUCCCACAAACAUAUAUCUCUUCCACUCAUCAAUAGAGGAACCAUGAUUUCUAAUAAAGGAAUUCCAAUCAAAUUUCUUCUUCUUGUUCUAGUUUGUGUCUUUGUUUCAGGAGAUGAUGCAGAAGUGAGAUGCAUUGCGAGGGAGAGAGAAGCUCUUCUGAGCUUCAAGAAUGGCCUCAUCGGCGAUGAUGGUUUUCUCUCAUCAUGGCGAAGUGACGAAUGCUGUGAAUGGUAUGGUGUUGAGUGCAGCAACACGACUCGCCAUGUCAUCGCCCUCCAACUUAAUGCUUGUCAUUAUUAUGGUGGAUUGCAAGGUAAGGUUGGUUCUUCCUUGCUUGAGUUGCAUCAUUUAAACAAUCUUGAUCUCAGUUGCAAUGAUUUUGGAGGCUAUUCGAUCCCAGAAUUCAUUGGUUCCAUGAAACAAUUACAACACUUGUUUCUCAAGGAUUCUCACUUUUCUGGGAUCAUUCCUCCUCAGAUAGGCAACCUUACUAACCUGCGCUCACUUGAUCUCUCAUCUAACCCUUUGACGACUGAGAAUCUCGAUCGGCUUUCGAAUCUCUCUUUGUUAUCUUCUCUUGAUUUGAGUGAAAUUGACUUAAGUGAAACCAACUGGCUGCAGCAUAUCUCAAGUCUUCAUUCCCUAAAUGAAUUGCACUUGAAAUCUUGUGGCCUCAAGGGGACUCUUCCUUCUCAGAUAGGUAACCUUACCAACCUACGCUCACUUGAUCUCUCAUCUAACCCUUUGAAGACUGAGAAUCUCGAUUGGCUUUCGAAUCUCUCUUUGUUAUCUUCUCUUGAUUUGAGUGAAAUUGACUUAAGUCACACCAACUGGCUGCAGCAUAUCUCAAGUCUUCAUUCCCUAAAUGAAUUGCACUUGAAAAACUGUAGCUUGAAGGAUAAUAAACCUUCUUCUAAUUCUUCUUCCACAUCUCUUCUUUCCAUCCUUGAUCUGUCAUUUAAUAACCUCACUUCUUCCUCACUCGAUUGGUUAUCUAACUUAAACACAAGUCUAGUGGAAAUAAACCUGUCAGGCAAUGCUUUUGGUGGCCUGAUUCCUAAUGCACUAAUAGAGAGUUUGGUUCUUAUUGAGCAUCUUGAUCUUUCCAAUAACAUGCUUCAAGGUCAAAUCCCAAAAUCUUUGUCCAAUCUCAGUCGUCUGCGCGUCUUAGUCCUUUAUGAAAAUGAGUUAAGAGGACACUUUGAGGAGUUAUUUGGAAAUAUAUCUGCCAAAGGAAUAUUGGAAUCACUCCAAAUUCUGGAUUUGGCUGAUAAUAAACUCAAUGGUUCAGUGCCAGACUUGAGAGCAUUUUCUGCAUUGACAGAAGUGUACUUUGGGGGAAACAACUUCACAGGCUCCAUUCCUCAAAGUAUUGGCCAACUCUCCGAGCUUCAAGUUCUAGAUCUUUCUAAUAAUUCUUUCAAAGGCGUAGUCUCUGAAUCGCACUUCAUCAAGCUCGACAAGUUGAAGAUACUAGAUUUAUCUUUCAAUUCAGUGAUCUUGAAUGUUGCCCCCGAUUGGAGUCCUCCUUUUCAGUUGAAGCAUAUAUUUUUAGCAGAAUGCAAUGUGGGCCCAUCUUUCCCAAAAUGGAUCCAGACUCAGAGGAAUUUGUUAGACCUUGAUCUCUCUAGAGGUGGCAUAAGAGAUGAAGCCCCAACAUGGUUGUGGACUAUAUCUCCUUCAUUAUACUCCUUAUUUCUUUCUGACAAUCUAAUUACUGGAUCUGUUCCUAAUCUUUCAUCCACUUCCAUCACAAACUUAGAUCUUAGUAACAAUAGUUUCUCAGGUCCUAUUCCAUUAUUUUAUGCCAAUGCUCGUCUUAUUAAGUUGAAUGGAAAUAUGUUUUCUGGUUCAAUUUCAAGUAUUUGCACAAUUCCCCAAUAUCUUCAGCUUCUUAGCCUUUACCUCUCCAAUAAUAAGUUGGCAGGAGAGAUUGCCAACUGUUGGGAUAAAAUGCCAAACUUGGACACUUUGAAUUUGGCCGACAACAAUUUUUCGGGUGAAAUUCCUUUGUCUUUGGGCUCUAAUUUGCUUGAGCUCAAUGCACUGCAAUUGCGUGGUAAUAAUUUAUCUGGAGAGUUGCCUUCCACUUUGAGACUUUGCCAGAAAUUGAGGUUACUUGAUGUCGGAGGGAAUGAGUUAAGAGGAGAGAUCCCCACUUGGAUUGGCGACUUGUAUAACAUGCAAUUUCUAAACCUUCACGGGAAUAAAUUGCAUCGUAGUAUUCCUCCUCAGAUUUGCAAUCUCACUCGUAUUCGAAUUCUGGACUUGUCGAUGAACUACUUAUCCGGAAAAAUACCUGAUUGCUUCAACAAUUUUACUACGUUGGCUCAAAAGAAUACCAUACUAGUUAAUGUAUGGUUUGGUUUUCAUUACGGGUUCCAGUACAAUGGUAAUCUUCCAAAUAAGAAAAUUCAAUCUAUCUAUGAAUAUUCGGCAAUUCAAUGGAAAGGUCAAGAAUCGGAAUAUACGCAUAAUCUUCGGCUUCUCAAACUCAUUGAUUUUUCAAGCAAUAGUUUGACCGGAAACAUUCCCAAAUCAUUUUCCAGUAUGCUUGGAUUAAUUUCCUUGAACCUAUCAAGAAAUAGUUUGACAGGAAAUAUAAUUCGAGAUAUUGGUGAGAUGGAAAUGUUAGAAUGUCUUGAUCUAUCACACAACCAAUUUUCCGGUGAAUUACCCACAAGCUUGGCACAAUUACAGUUCUUGGCCGCUCUCGACUUGUCGAACAACGACUUAUUUGGUAAAAUUCCAACGAGUACUCAACUUCAGAGCUUCAACGCAUCUGCUUAUGCCGAGAAUGGCGGACUCUGUGGGCCCCCUCUGGCAUCGUGCCCCGAAGAUAGCUUGAGGCCAUCCACCACUAAUCCGAAUGAGAAAGACCACAACAGCCCCUCUUUUAUGCAAGAAGUCUGCAUAUCAUUGGGCUUUGGUUUUAUAUUUGGAUUUUGGGGAGUUGUUGGAACUUUCAUACUGAAGAAAUCAUGGAGAAUUGCAUACUUCAAUUUCUGGGAUGCUGUUGGAGAUUGGUUCUACGUCAGGAUUGCUGUGUUUGUAUCCAAAUGGAGACGAAGCUGAAAUACCGGCGGACAAGCUCGUGGAUACAUGAAGAAAUGUGGAAGAAGUGUUGCUAGUAAUUAAUAAAUAUAGUCCUAUUAUGUGUUUCUUAAUACUUUAAUUAUGUCGCUGUUCAUCAAAUUAAGUGUUUAAUUUACCUACUUUUUAUUUUUUAUUUUUAUUGUUGUUUGUCAUGUAUUUUAAGUGAUGAAGUUAUAUUGAAUAUGUUGUAUGUGUGACAGUGGGUUCAAGCUGCAGGGACUGACUUGCGUAGUAUAUAUAUUAUCGCUCGUAGUAUACAUCAUUCUUCGAUCUGUAUUUUGGAAUUUCUUUGUUGAUCAAUAAAUCUCCUCCGAUUGACUCU